ACCACUAUGGGGACUGGUUUGUUGUCCUCUGUGGUAGCGAACACGGCGGGCAGCAUUUGAGUUGUAGUAGUGGUGCCUGUCACCUUGAGCCUGAUCCGAGCGGUGUAGUCCAUGCGUUCCUCCAAGUACGCGUGGUCGUUUAGUAGUAUUUUAAGAAGUCUGUUUGCGGUGGGAAUGGAGUUACAGGGAUUAUCAUCAUUUGAGAGUAUGCAGGCUCUCUCUAGCAUGCUGUCGACUCAACAGGGUGACGAAGAAGAGGAUCCCAAAAAUGUGAGAGGUGGUGCACAUAUUGGACCGGGAGACAUUGGUCCCCCACCCAAAACUAGCACUGAGCCACACGGGUCCAGUGCUUACAUUAAGAAGGACAGUAAAGAUAUAUGGAGUGAGGAGGAGGUAGCUGAGGGCUCCCACUAUGAUGACUUGGCAGAUCCACGACCACAGCCAGAGUAUGAAAUAAUACUGAAGCAGAAUGUGGGGACAGAAGACGUCUUCUUGGGGCUCAGUGGGAAGGACCCAUCGUCCAUGAAAUGUGAGGCCAUGAAGAUAAAAAUCAAACUUCCAGAAACCAAAGCAACAGAUGUUGUCCUGGACGUUAAGGAGAAGUUCCUCGAUCUGAGGACGCCAAAAUAUAAACUGGGUCUUCAUCUUCCCCAUCCAAUCCACUGCCGUGAAGGGAAGGCUCAGUUCUUCAGCGAUAGAGAGGUGCUGGAGGUAUCUCUAUUGAUGAACCGGCCCAUGGACUCUAUAAACUUGCAAUAACUAUUGAAAGUGGUUCUCAUUAGUGGUUUUACACGCAAGGAAAUGUUAGUAAAUGCUAUAUUUAGAAAAAUAUGUGUGUAUAUUUCACGAAAGUAUAAAGGAUGGGUCGAAAGGCCCGAAAUGUUUGGUCAUGCGAUGAAACCCAUAACACUUUAUGAGAGUAAUUGUGAAAAGUGCCUAUUUUUGUGUUGAUGUGUAUCGAGUCCUA